AUGAAGUUCGGCAAGCAGAUCCAGGCGCAACAGGUGCCAGGAUGGUCUACAUAUUACCUCGACUACAAGUUCCUGAAAAAGAUCAUAUCGUCCCUCACCCAACACCGACCUGCUUCAGAAGCUGCUGCCUUAGCUUUGGGAUUGCGGCCAGGCGAUAUAUCGGAAUCGUCGACCCAACCCUCUUCAACUCAGCUUGUCCCCCCUCUCUUUCCAGACACAGCAACUCCGGAUGAUGACUCUCGUGCUCAUAAGGCUGCCUUCUUCUUCAAAUUGGAGCGAGAGUUAGAAAAGAUCAAUGAAUUCUAUCUCCAAAAAGAGGCCGAGCUUAAACUGCGAUUGGAGACUCUGCUGUCGAAAAGAAGGGCUGCUGCGAUGAGAGGUUUCCCCGACCCAUCAGACGAUGUUGGCCAGAAGAAUGUCGAGUGGACGGCGGUCGAAGAGGGAUUCAGACACCUCGAAAGAGAUCUCGGUAAACUACAGCAAUUUGUCGAAAUCAAUGCCACAGGUUUCAGGAAAAUCCUCAAGAAAUAUGAUAAGCGAUCCAAAUCGACCACGAAAGAACUCUAUCUGGCUCGGCAGGUUGAUGUUCAACCCGUUUUCAACCGACAACUUAUCUCGGAGCUGUCCGACACCGUCGCAGCGUGUCUCCUCGACCUGACAGACCUUUCAUCUGGGCUGAAAUUCGAGGGCUCUGCUGCUUCAACCGAUCUCGUUGCUCAACAAAUCAUGAAUGAGCGAACCCAACAUAUGGGACCAUUCCAAGAACUGGAGAACAAUCUUCGCAAAGCAAUCAACAGCAACGACACGUCUGGCGUCACCGAAUGGAUCCACUUCUCCGAAAUUCUUUCACAACGAGGCAAAGUCAACAUAACGCGAAUUUUGUGGAACGCCAUUAUUGAGGCGCCGCCUGACCUCGCCAAUUUGAUCAUGGCCUCGCUCUCCACCCCAUUCGAUUUCCAGUUCAUUGAUGACAUCAAUGGACGAACGUGUCUGCAUGGCGCCGCUAUUGCUGGAGCUCCACGUCUGGUUCAAAUAUGCAUAGAAAGGGGUGUUGAUGCUGCUCGAAUCGACGCGUAUGGCCGCACUGCGCUGCACUAUGCAGCCAUGAAUGGUCAUGCUGCCAUAUGUCGCCGCCUUUUGCAAACAAACCUGGUUUGUGAUGUUCAGGACAUGGACAAUUAUACCCCGUUGGUCUAUGCGACCCUCAAAGGAAGUGUGGAUUGUGUCAAGGUUCUUUUGGAUGAUGGCAAGGCAAAAACCCCGCCAAACGGUGAUCCGAUGCCUUUGUCGUUGGCCAGUCAAUCCGGCCAUCUCGAAGUUGUAACGCUUUUGCUUGAACGUGGUGCCCGCUGUUUACCGAAUACUAACGGAGAAUACCCGAUGCAUCUUGCUGCUCGAGAAGGUCACUCUGAUGUUUGUCGACUUUUACUUUUCCAAGAUGGUUGGGACACCCCUGACAAAUAUCACGAAUGGACGCCACUUUUUCAUGCCGCACGCUAUGGACGAACAGAAUCCAUCCGAGUCUUGUUGGAUGCUGGUGCCCGAGUUCGCGUCACAGACGAAUUAGGGCAUCUUGCCGUUUAUUAUGCAAUGUGGUAUGGCCACCAUCAGUGUCUGAGCCCGCUGCUCAACGCUACUCCCCUAAUGGCUUCCGGAGUCGAUACUGGAAGAAUUCCCAAAGACUCGCCGCUUUCUGAUAUUGGCAUGACAGAAUCGGAGAUUGACCUCAUUCCUUCCCUUUCGCUGCCGCCCCCGAUUAUGCCUCAUCGAGUCUAUGGGCACAACUAUCUCGACAAAAACCAUCUCGUCCAGGUUACAAUUGGUCACAUGUCGCGACGCAACAGUGAGCGUCCUGGAGUACGGCUUCACCAUCGUUUGAUCAGUCCUGCGUUCAAGAACGACCUGGUCAUCGCUUCAACUCCACUCAAGUUGGUGGUGACUACAGCUCGCGAUGUUAACAUCAAUUCGGGGCCUUAUAGUGUGCCAUUACCACUCAUACAAAACGAUGUGGCCUUGGGUACCUACACAUUCCAGAUUCCCUCACUGGACAAUCUCUCCUUGGUUUUCUCUGUCUAUCCCAACUUUGGUACUAAAACUAUCGGCCGAGCCGUCGCAUUGCCCACUUUAUUCCAACAGUUCGAAACUAAUAGGCCUUUCUCGCUUCCCAUUUUGGACACAAGACUUCAAGUCAUCGGCGAGGUUGACUUUGAGGUGAACAUCGUGACGCCUUUCGAAGGGGUCACGUUGGAGGUUGGCGGCGACGUUGAGACAUACUGGAAGUCAUUAGCAAUGCCGCUUGCCACCAAUACGAUCCCGCACCGUGGGCCACGUUGGGCUCAUCGGUCCAAUUUGAUUGGCUCUGCCUCGACAUCGCCAUCGAACCGGUCGGUAGCAAGCAGCUAUGUUGGACCCACGCAAGCGUCGACCAUCUCAUCUCUUCGCGGGAGUUAUCUCUAUCUUGUCAUUCAAGUCACCAGUGAUUUGCACCCUGUGGUGUUUGAGGAUGUUCUUCUUCCCCAAACUAGUUUCGACUUGACCGUUGCGGACAUUACACUUGCUCAAUUCGAAUCGUUGGCCGUUGCAAGUGGUCGGAUAUUUGACGCGUCUCGCGCAUCAACUAAUGUUGACGCAUCCGAAUGGACAGCUGUGCCCUCUUCGAUGGUUUCUCUUGCCCAUUUGCUUAAAAUGCUCCCGCCUACUUUAGGGAUUUGUAUGGAGCUCGCUUAUCCACAGCGUUCAGUCCGGGCUCAAACGGCAGGAUACCGUUUGCAACUCAACACUUUCGUGGAUUCUGUCUUGCGAACAAUUUACGGCCCCCUUCCACGACGCCGGAUUGUCUUCACCUCCUUCUCACCCGAUGUGUGUUCAGCCAUCAACUGGAAGCAGCCCAAUUAUCCAGUUUUCUUCGCUUCACAUUGUGGCAAGAAGCAAGGGCCGGAUGGAGAGAACGACAUGGAAGACUGGCGUACAACUAGUGUUGGCGCGGCUGUCGAAUUCGCACGAGCAAAUAAUCUGUUGGGUGUUUUUGUUGACGCUGAUCUCCUAUUGCAAGUGCCGUCUUUGAUUGACGGCGUCCGAACGGCUGGGCUCUUGAUUGGGAUUAUCGGUGCCUCAGAGCAGUCGGAGCAUCUUACGUCAGCGAGUAUUGACGCGACACCUGUGGACGCAUUCCUGCGGGACAAGAUGGUGUCCUACGUUGAUCAUUCGGCAAGAGAAUUGUUUUGA